GGCCCAAGACGCACACCUGGGAAGGAAAAUGAGCUGUGGACUCCUGUGCCGAUUCCUGUGGCUUUGGCCCUAUCUGUUCUACCUUGAAGCUUUUCCCAUCCACAAAGUCCAGUAUGACACCAAAAACCUCAUCAAAACGAUUGUCACCAGGAUUGGUGACAUUUCGCACACGCAGUCCGUUGCUUCCAAACAGAGGAUAGCUGGUUUGGACUUCGUUCCUGGGCUCCACCCUGUCCUGACUUUGUCCGAGAUGGACCAGAUAUUGGCCAUCUACCAACAGAUCCUCACCAGUCUGCCUUCAGGGAAUGUGAUCCAAAUAUCUAAUGACCUGGAGAACGUGCGGGACCUUCUCCACCUGCUGGCCUCCUCCAAAAACUGCCCCUUCCCCCAAGCCAGGGGUCUGAAGACCUUGGAGGGCCUGGGAGGUAUCCUGGAAGCCUCACUCUACUCUGCUGAAGUGGUGAUCCUGAGCAGGCUGCAGGGGUCUCUGCAGGACAUGCUGCAGGAGCUGGACUUCAACCCUGGGUGCUGAGGCCUCGAAGGCUUACAGAGAGCCUAUGCGGACAUCUCUUAUCCCGGCCUCCAGUCCCUUUGUUUCUCACUCCUCCAAGCCUCCCUUCCAAAGGGCUUGGCCACCACCAGCCGCCAGCUAUUCGGGCAAAAGGAUCCCCUGAAGGACAGGGCUGACACCAUGAGCGCACGCUGCCCCAGAGUCAGGGCGUGUCUGCAACUCAGCAAGUUUAUAAGUAAAUGAAUAAAUAAAUAAAAC